AUGAGACUCUCGUGGUCCAACCUUCCACAACAACUACGGGAGCUCAUACGUAGACGCCUAGACAACCACAUCAAUGUUCUGCGUUUAUGUUCCGUCUGCGUUGUAUGGCGAUCCAAUAUUCAUUCCUCCAUUAAAGAAACUCUUUGUUUUCCUCUCAAACUACCCUUUCCGAGAUCCACCCCAGAGAAGCUCUGCAUGGUACCUGAUACUUUAAUCUCAACGAAAACACCGUCUAUGAUUCCGGAAACAGUUCGUGUUCUUCUAGUGUUUCAAGGCUGGUUGGCUAAGAUACAAGACUCAACCAGGCAAAUUUCGUCUUUUGAAUCCGCUAUCAGGCUUUCAAAUCAUGCUUUUCCCAGGAAAUACUUCACCACAGCGUGGAAUUUCUCCGGUUUUUGGAUUACCGAGUUAUUUAAAGCAUGUGAUCUUCACUAUGUCAAUCCAUCGUUAUCUUCCCCUCCAUGUGCUCAACGUUAUGCCAGAAAAACAGUACUAUUGCAUAGGGCUGCUGAUGAGUUCACGAUAGAGCUCGGAGACAAUUUAUGGAGUGAGGAUCAUAGGGUUGUUGAGUUGGAUGCUUAUAAGCUAAAUGAAAAGGAGUAA